GAGAGCCUUCCCCUAGAUUAGAUAAAACCCCUUCUCUUUUUUUCUUAUAUGAUUUUUAUAUAUAUCGUCACUCCCUACAACUCCAAUAGAGUUCUGAUUCAACUCCAGCGAAGCCCAGCAUCUAUCUCUUCUCUCUCUCUCUCUCUCUCACUGUUCGCUGUUGCGUGCUCCCAAGGUUCUCUCUCUGCUUCUUCUUCAAUCGAAUCAGACGUGAUACUAUGGCUUCUGCUCAGAAGGAUUCGCCUGCUGAUGCAAAGACAGUUCCCAAGGAAGAGAAGACUUCCAAAUCUGAGACAUCUUCUGGGGAGUCGCCGGCACCACAAGCAGCGCCGGGAGGGUUCCCGUUUCCAGCAGGAGCAGGAGGAAUGCCUUUUCCGUUCCCGGAAGCUGGAGGCGCUGGUCCCAAUCCUUUUGAUUUCUCGGCCAUGACUGGCUUGCUGAAUGAUCCAAGUAUCAAGGAACUAGCUGAACAGAUAGCGAAAGACCCCUCAUUCACCCAGAUGGCAGAGCAACUUCAGAAAACUUUUCAAGGUGCCCCAGCUGAUGAGGGUGUCCCUCAGUUUGAUAGUCAACAAUACUAUUCCACCAUGCAACAGGUUAUGCAGAAUCCUCAGUUUAUGAACAUGGCUGAGCGCCUUGGUAGUGCUUUGAUGCAGGAUCCAUCCAUGAAUUCAAUGCUUGAGAGUUUCACGAAUCCAUCAAACAAAGAUCAGCUUGAGGAGCGUAUGGCACGCAUUAAAGAAGAUCCUUCUUUGAAGCCUAUUUUAGAAGAGAUAGAGACUGGGGGUCCUGCUGCCAUGAUGAGAUACUGGAAUGAUAAAGAUGUUUUACAGAAGUUGGGAGAAGCAAUGGGUCUUGCAGUUGGGCCUGAUGGAGCACCUUCUGAAGUUUCAGGGGAUAAGCCCUGGUCACCUGAAGAAGCAGAAGAUGCUGGAGCUGAGGAUGAACCCAUAGUUCAUCACACUGCUAGUGUUGGUGAUGUGGAGGGUUUGAAAAAUGCGCUAGCUGCUGGUGCUGACAAAGAUGAGGAAGAUUCAGAAGGAAGGACAGCAUUGCAUUUUGCUUGCGGCUAUGGCGAGGCAAAGUGUGCUCAGGUGCUUCUAGAGGCUGGAGCAAAAGUGGAUGCCUUGGAUAAGAAUAAAAACACUGCACUUCAUUAUGCAGCUGGUUAUGGCAGGAAGGAAUGUGUGGCCCUUCUAUUGGAAAACGGCGCAGCUGUCACACUUGCAAACAUGGAUGGGAAGACCCCCAUUGACGUCGCCAAGCUCAACAACCAAAACGAUGUACUUAAGUUGCUCGAGAAGGAUGCUUUCCUCUAGAUCAUCAGGUCGGCAUUUGUGACGGUUCUGGUCCUGUUUUGUGUUUUGCUUAUGUCAGUUGGGAAGCUCAACACCACAACUCAAUGCUUGCUUUGUCUAUGUUAUAUUUACUCUUUUUGUGAUUCCUACAUUCGUUAGAAUUUGAUAGUAACAUAAAUCUUUUGAUGGGAGACAUGGAAUAUGUGGUGUGCCGUAUGACAA